CUUCUGAUUAGAAACCAUCAAGAAACUGGAUACAUGGUUUACAGCGGGUCACGAAUGCUGGAAAAAGUACAGAGUCCAGGGAAAGACUUGCUCGUAACUUUCUGAAUUCUGGAUUUUUUUUUCCCUUUUUUCUUAACUUUCACUGAGGAUCAGUGUGUCUGAUGUGUCCUUCUCCAGGCCACAACAUUUGACAAACUGUUUUUCCUGAUGCUCAAUGAUUUCUGCUUUAAGCCAAAGGACAGCCUAUCAUUUGACUAAGAAUGUCUUCGAAUUCGGACACUGGGAAUUUACAAGCGACUCUAAAGCAUGAACAUACACCUAUUGACAGGAUCUGUGGAGUUUGGAUGGAGUUUAGCCUGUGGAUGUGUGGUGUACUGUGACAACUCGCAAGGCCACCAACAGACGGUGGGAAGGAACUGAGAGGAAGUUGGAGCAGCUAUUUGGUACAGAGUCAGUGCUGGGCUUCCGGACCGACACGGACCCCCCAUUCCCGCCCGCGGCCGCCCUGUCAUGCUGCCCAAAUUGGAGACGGAAGCCCUGGGACUGGCCCGAUCGCAUGGGGAACAGGGGCAGAUGCCGGAAAACAUGCAAGUGUCUCAAUUUAAAAUGGUGAAUUACUCCUACGAUGAAGAUCUCGAAGAGCUUUGUCCGGUGUGUGGAGAUAAAGUGUCUGGGUACCAUUACGGGCUCCUCACCUGUGAAAGCUGCAAGGGAUUCUUUAAAAGAACAGUCCAAAAUAAUAAAAGGUACACAUGUAUAGAAAACCAGAACUGCCAAAUUGACAAAACACAGCGAAAGCGUUGUCCUUACUGUCGAUUUCAAAAAUGUCUAAGUGUUGGAAUGAAGCUGGAAGCGGUAAGGGCAGACCGAAUGCGCGGAGGAAGGAAUAAGUUUGGGCCAAUGUACAAGAGAGACAGGGCCCUGAAGCAACAGAAAAAAGCCCUCAUCCGAGCCAAUGGACUUAAGCUAGAAGCCAUGUCUCAGGUGAUCCAGGCGAUGCCCUCUGACCUUACCAUCUCCUCUGCAAUCCAGAACAUCCAUUCUGCCUCCAAAGGCCUACCUCUGAACCAUGCUGCCUUGCCUCCUUCAGACUAUGACAGAAGUCCCUUUGUAACGUCUCCCAUAAGCAUGACAAUGCCACCUCAUGGCAGCCUGCAAGGUUACCAAACAUAUGGCCACUUUCCUAGCCGGGCCAUCAAGUCCGAGUACCCAGACCCCUACACCAGUUCGCCAGAGUCCAUAAUGGGCUAUUCCUAUAUGGACAGUUACCAGACAAGCUCUCCGACAAGCAUCCCACAUCUGAUACUGGAACUCUUGAAGUGUGAGCCAGACGAGCCUCAAGUCCAGGCCAAAAUCAUGGCCUACUUGCAGCAAGAGCAGGCUAACCGCAGCAAGCAUGAAAAGCUGAGCACGUUUGGUCUUAUGUGCAAAAUGGCAGAUCAAACCCUCUUCUCCAUUGUCGAGUGGGCCAGGAGUAGUGUCUUCUUCAGAGAACUUAAGGUUGAUGACCAAAUGAAGCUGCUUCAGAACUGCUGGAGCGAGCUCUUAAUUCUCGACCACAUUUACCGGCAAGUGGUACAUGGAAAGGAAGGGUCAAUCUUCCUGGUUACUGGGCAACAAGUGGAUUAUUCCAUUAUAGCAUCACAAGCUGGAGCCACCCUCAACAGCCUCAUGAGUCAUGCCCAGGAGUUAGUGGCAAAACUGCGUUCUCUACAGUUCGAUCAACGAGAGUUCGUGUGUCUGAAAUUCUUGGUGCUCUUUAGCCUAGAUGUCAAAAAUCUUGAGAACUUCCAACUGGUAGAAGGUGUCCAGGAACAAGUCAACGCUGCCCUGCUGGACUACACUGUGUGUAACUACCCACAGCAAACGGAGAAAUUUGGGCAGCUCCUUCUCCGACUCCCCGAAAUCCGGGCCAUCAGCAUGCAGGCUGAAGAAUACCUCUACUACAAGCACCUGAAUGGGGACGUGCCCUAUAACAAUCUUCUCAUAGAAAUGUUGCAUGCAAAAAGAGCGUAAGUUACAACCCCUAGGUGCUCUGCUGUCAAAACAAAGAGACUUCGGGGGAGGGGGAAAAAAAACAGGAAGGAAAAAAAAAUACUCUGAACUGCUCCAAGCAACACUAAUUACAAACUUGGUUUAAAGAUGUAAAAAGUCAUAAUAAUCAGAUACUUAAUAGCAAAUAAAUGAUGUAUCAGGGUAUUGCAAACUGUGAAUCAAAGGCCUCACAUCCCCAAGGAUUCCAUGUAAAAGACAUUGUAACAGAGUGGACUGGACUCACAGAAAGAUACCCACACUGCGUCAGAGUAUACAGAUGGACAGAACAGUUCUUGUAUAUUUAAACUGAUCUCCACUAUGAAGAAAUUUAGGAACUAAUUUGUGUCAUUCGUUAGGCUUAUACAGCUGGGAAUUUGAGCUUACACAGUUCCUCUACGGUGAAAGCUGAACUGAUAGAAUUCUCCAGAAGGCAUCAGCUGUACCUACAACAGCCCCCCUCUUCCUUUGAAAGUCCCAGCACCUGUUCCCCAGUGUUCUGGGAAUCGCCACAUCUGUGCUGAGGACCCGUGUUCCGCCACGCCCAGUGAUCGCUCCGCCAAAUCAUGAGAAAGCCUAAUUUUGAAUGUCCAUGUCUUUGACCUGCAAACAGCGAAUAAGAACAGUCUAUCAAUAUGUUAGCUUGCCAUUUAAAAUACGUUCUGACGUUUGUUUUGUCACGUGGUCAUGUUAAAAAAAAUAGGCAGUAUCUCUCUCCUAUCUUAUAUAAGCAUUCAUUAAUAUUAGGGAUAUGACUACAAACUUUUAAAGCAAAUACUCCGUAGCUAAAGCAAUUAGACCUAUUUCUGCUACUGUUGCUGACAUGUGGCCGGCAUUGUUGGAUUCCAUAUGAAUUUCUGGUCGAAAGGCUUGUUAGGAUACAUCAGUCUUUUUCAUCAUUAAGGUUUGUAGUUCAUUUAAAAAUAACACACUAAACAUAUCUUGCUGGGACAUCAGAUAGUUCAGUUCUAAAGAGUUGAAAACGAAACUGAAGCAUGUUAAGCUAUGCAAAAAGUCAAGAAAGGAUGAGCUGAUAAAUCGAUCGAGGUUCAUUCUUGUUGCAACCGAACAUCCCCUAAACUUGGGAUGAAGUGAUGAAUUUUACAGAUGACCUGGAAAGAUAAUAAAGUCAUUCAGAUUUUUCCCAAAGGGGAAGAAAGGAAGAGAGUGAUACUGACCAUUCUAAGUCUUAGACCAAAGUCCGCUAUGGAACAAAGAACUACAAACUGUCCAAACAACUCUAUCAGUAUUAUUGAUGCGCAAUGCCACAGGUAUGAGAGUCUUGCCUUACUUCACGAUUCUAAAAGGUAGCUGUGCAGAGGUGGAUCAACAUUUGUUCAAAAUGAAGUAUUACUACUUUACCAUCAAAUAAAAUAGAGUGUUUACAUUCUUUAGGUCCUGGGUGGGGGUGGGGAGGCAACCGUGAUAUUGCAAAAUAGCAAAAGCAGUAAUUUCCUUAAUGUUAUUUUUCUGAUUGGUAAUUAUUUUUAACCGUACGUAAUUAUUGUAUGUCGUGAGACACUAAAAUCAAAAACGGGAAUCUCAUUCAGACUUUAAUUUUUUUUUUUGAGAUUAUCGGCGGCACAAUCACUUGUAGAAACUGUAAAAAAUAAAUAAAGUAUCUCCUAGUUCCUUAAUUUUUUUCAUAAAUGUUUCUCGCUUUUGAAUAGUUUAUUUAUAUUGUAUAUCCUAGUUUCGACUGUAGACAAUUACGAUGCUAAUUUAUUGUUCCUCGGUUUCGCCUUUGUAUAAGAUAUAGCCAAGACUGAAGAAGCCAAAUAUACGUGUUUACUGUAGCAUGUCUUCAAGUUAGUGGGACACAGUUCAGGGACAGAGAAGGGUCUUCAUGAAUUCAAAUCAUUCACUUGAUUCAAUGUCUGUAAAUCUUCAUGAUUCUGAACUGUAGUUUAUUUAAUAUCUAUUGUAAAUUAUGUGACUUAUAGCUUCCUGUUUUCAAGUAAACUUAAGGUGGAGUCUUACCUAGUUUUCCUUUCCAGGCAUUGUAAGUUGUAUACCAAAGAUAUUAGUUAUUACUUCUGUGUUUGCACAGAGGAUUAUUUUAUUAACCGCCUCUAAUACUCCUCCACAGGAAGAGUACAUGUUACCUAAGUUGGGCGUCGACUCACAGAAUCUCAGUCUCUGCAUUAAUUCUUGGCUCAAAGGACAAGAGGCACAUAACUGAUCGGAGCUCUUGUCCAGAGCAUUAGAGAGAAGAGCAGAUCAUUGAUCGCCCCAGUUAGAGACCAAGCUGGCCAGAGGACACAUGGGUAGGAUGGCGUGGUGGCAUUUAAUGAAACGGUUCCACGGUGCAUGUGUCACACAUGUGGAGACGAUUAUGAGAUUUAGAGGGUCUUUAACGUUGCAAAAUCAAAUACACGGAGUUCUUAAAAUCCAUAUUUUCUUAUUUUAAAAUUAGACUACUCCCCACUGAACAUUAAGCCUAAAAAAAAAAAAGAGUCAAAUGUUGGUAUGUAGUUAACCUGGUCGAUUACACCAUGAGAACGAAGACAACGCAGAGGGCUACAUCCACGCUGCAGGUGACACCGAGGACAAACACGAUGCCACCGUCAGCGUCUGCAGUCCAAGAUUGGAAAUGGAAAGUUCUCUCCUGUUAGCUUUAACUGGUCUGUAACUGGAUAUUUCCUUGGCAACUGCUUUAUCGAUUACAGAAAUGAUUAGUAAAAGCAGACUCAAACAGAAAGGUUUGCGACUUAGCUUGGUUUAUUCGAAUUGGUCUAC